GUAGACGCCCAGGCAAAUCAGUGCUAAGCGAUCAGGAAAUGCAGAUCGCUUUUGGUGAAGACUCCCCGACGGCACAGUGGGGAGGGCUUUGUUUGAGAGAACCAGAGAGGGGGCUCUAAUGUGGAAAGACUCGGCGGUGGGGGAAGCCAUUAGAGAGAGAAGGAGGAGGGAUUAGAUCGCAUUCCAAGGGAGCUUGGAAGAAAAACGGAAUCAAAGAGGCGAACGGCAGAAGAGUUUAGGCGCAGGAGUGAAGCUGGGAGCGCGUAGGAUACAGGGGACAGGAAGGAAGCGAGGCGUGGUAAUAAUUGCGCUGGUUCAUUCCAGGCGUAGAAAAACUCACUCUACUCUUUUCUAUUCCUCCGCCUAUCUUUCCCUGAUCAGGAACCGAGGUACAAGAGCAGCGCUACAGCGCUGCCAGGAAAAGAGGCGCAUCGAUUUUCGCCAGGCGCGAAGAGGAUUCUCGCCAGGCGCGAAGAGGACUUUACUGAAAAGUAGAGGCAGGAAAGUGCUCCGAGAGAAUUCAAAAGCAAAGCGACGCCAUGCCGUUCAGCAACAGUCCCGGCGGCUCCGCUUGGACGACGCCUGCGUGGAACUGGAACCGGGGCCCUCUCGGGAAGGUAGACGGCUCCGGGGGCAGCGUGGAGGCGCCGUGGUCAGGGAGCAAAGCCAACGGAAGCAGAGACCCCUACGGGCGGGACGAAGACCUGGCCAAGCUGGAGAUCGCUGUGCUGGCUCUGACCUUCGCCUUAGCUGUGCUGGGCAACGUUUUCGUGCUGUUAGCGCUGCACCACACGCCGCGCAAAAAGGCAUCCCGCAUGCAUCUUUUCAUCCUGCAUCUGAGUCUGGCUGACCUGGCGGUAGCUUUCUUUCAGAUCUUACCCCAACUUUGCUGGGAAGUCACGCACCGUUUCCAUGGGCCGGACGGGCUCUGCCGCGUGGUGAAACACCUUCAGGUCUUCGGCAUGUUCGCCUCGGCGUACAUGUUAGUGGUGAUGACGGCCGAUCGGUACAUCGCCGUGUGCCACCCGCUCAAGACGCUGCAGCAGCCGAGCAAGCGCUCGCGCUGCAUGAUCGUGGCCGCCUGGGCGCUCAGCUUCUUGCUCAGCGUGCCCCAGUACUUCAUCUUCUCCCUCAGCGAGGUGGAGAGCGGCUCGCAGGUCUAUGACUGCUGGGCGCAUUUCAUCAAGCCGUGGGGGGCUCGCGCCUAUAUCACUUGGAUGACCGGCAGUAUCUUGGUGGCUCCCGUCCUUAUCCUGGCCAUCUGCUACGGCUUCAUCUGUUACCACAUCUGGAGCAACAUCCGGGACAAGACGCGGCGGCAGAAGCGAGAAAGGGCUCCGCCUCGCGAGGGCGCCCUGCGCAAGGAACUGCUCUUCACACCUCAUGUCAGCAGUGUCAAAAGUAUUUCCCGCGCUAAAAUCCGCACCGUCAAAAUGACCUUCGUGAUCGUUUCGGCUUAUAUUGUGUGUUGGGCUCCUUUCUUCUCUGUACAGAUGCGUUCCGUCUGGGACGACCACGCCUCCUGGCAGGAUUCAGAGGAUGUUGCAGUUACAGUGACCGCCCUUUUGGCCUGCUUGAACAGUUGCUGCAAUCCAUGGAUCUACAUGUUUUUCAGUGGGCACCUCCUUCAAGACUUCAUGCAUAGUUUCUUGUGUUGUCGGAACAUUAAACGAAGAUUGAAUAAAGAAGAUACUGGGAGCAUUAGCAGGAGACAGACUUCUUUCACUAAUAACAUAAGUCCAACAAACAGUUUGGACACAUGGAGAGAAUCAUCAAAUUUAUCAUGAUUUAUUAACCAUAUCAAUUUCUAGACCAUUGAUAAAAUACUCAUAUCUCUUUGAGUGCCAAAACAGCACUUUAGCACUUUAGCUACCAGGUAUCAUGUCAAUAAAGUAAUUAAUUGCCAAAAAAAUACCAUUUUAUAUUAAUGAAGGCUACAAAUUAUUAUGUAAAAAGGUACGUGAACAUGUAGUCAAUGAUACUGAUGAAAAAUCAGAUAACAUGCAAUUUUUCCCAGACAGAUAAACCUUGGCAUUAAUUCUUAAUAAGGUACAGCAUUCUAUGAAGUAAUGGCUACCACUCUGUAAAAAUAUUUGCUCAGUCCCCUCAAAAGUCUUGCUGAGGAACUUCCUGGUUUUUAAAAAAAUGACUAAAUUACCUAUCUCAAUGAUCAGCCAUUUAUAGGUAGUCCUUGACUUACAAUCGCAAUUGAGCCCAAAAUUUCUGUUGCUAAGUGAGAUAAGUGAAUUUUGCCCCAUUUUACAA